ACAGGCCGUAUAAAUCAGCUAGCUUUGGGAGUUUCCCUUCCACCUCCUCUCUGAACAGCUCACUUCUUUUGGGUCUCAGUGUUUGUCCUACUCGUCCUCACCAUGUCCAUCAGGUCGACCACUCACAGGACUGUGAAGAUCUCUUCUGGCCCCCGGAGUUUUAGCAGCCGCUCCUACUCCAGUGGCCCCAGCUCCCGAAUCAGCUCAUCCUCCUUCUCUCGGGUGGGGAGUGGCAGUAGCUUCCGAUCGGGGCUUGGGUUCGGGACAGGCCUGGGGAUGGGCUUAGGGGGUGGCAGUGGAGUCGGGAUCACGGCAGUCACUGUCAAUCAGACCCUCCUGAGUCCCCUGAAGCUGGAGGUGGACCCCAACAUCCAGGCCGUGAGGACCGAGGAGAAGGAGCAGAUCAAGACCCUCAACAACAAGUUUGCCUCCUUCAUUGACAAGGUACGCUUCCUAGAACAGCAGAAUAAGAUGCUGGAGACCAAAUGGAGCCUCCUGCAGCAGCAGAAGACAUCCCGGAGCAACCUGGACAGCAUGUUUGAGAGUUACAUUGCCAACCUUCGAAGGCAGCUGGACUCCAUGGGGCAGGAGAAACUGAAGCUGGAAGUGGAGUUGGGCAAUAUGCAGGGUCUUGUGGAAGAUUUCAAAAACAAAUAUGAGGAUGAGAUCAAUAAGCGGACAGAACUGGAGAAUGAGUUUGUUCUCAUUAAGAAGGAUGUGGAUGAAGCCUAUAUGAACAAGGUGGAACUGGAGUCCCGUCUGGAAAACCUGACUGACGAGAUUAACUUCCUCAGGCAGCUAUAUGAAGCAGAGAUACAAGAAAUGCAGUCCCAGAUUUCGGACACCUCUGUGGUCCUCUCUAUGGACAACAGCCGGUCCUUGGACCUGGAUGGCAUCAUCGCUGAUGUCCGAGCCCAAUAUGAGGAGAUUGCCAACCGCAGCCGGGCUGAGGCUGAGAGCAUGUACCAGAUCAAGUAUGAGGAACUGCAGUCCCUGGCUGGGAAACAUGGAGAUGACCUUCGCCACACCAAGACGGAGAUCUCAGAGAUGAAUAGGAAUAUCAACAGGCUUCAGGCUGAGAUUGAGGCACUCAAAGGCCAGAGGGCUGCCCUUGAAGCUGCCAUCGCUGAUGCGGAGCAGCGUGGGGAACUGGCCAUCAAAGAUGCCCAGGCCAAGCUGUCUGAGCUGGAAGCCGCCCUGCAGAGGGCCAAGCAAGACAUGGCCCGCCAGCUGCGGGAGUACCAGGAAUUGAUGAACGUCAAGUUGGCCCUGGACAUUGAGAUUGCCACUUAUAGGAAGCUGCUGGAGGGUGAGGAAAGCAGACUCGAGUCUGGGAUGCAGAACUUGAGUAUUCACACCAAGACCACCACUAGAGACUACUCAGGUGGGUUCAGCUCUGGCUAUGGAAGUCUCACCAGCCCUGGCUAUGGAGGUCUCACCAGCCCUGGUCUCAACUACGGGGUGAGCUCCUUCCAGUCCGUUUCUGGCUCUGGUGGCCCCAAUUACAGCCGAGUCUCUAAGGCUGUGGUGGUGAAGAAGAUUGAGACCCGAGAUGGGAAGCUGGUGUCCGAAUCAUCGGAUGUUCUGCCCAAGUGAAAGGUCGUCUUGGAUCCUCACAGCCCACCUCUUCCUUGUACUCCUAAGAAUCUCCAGAAUACCCAAGGGGAGGCUGAGGGUGGGGGAAGAGAUUGAAGAGACCUGCAUUAUAGGUCCCAGCCAUACCUUCUGUUUUGCCUUGCCUGGGUUCCUUGCUCUUGCCAAUAUCCUUGAAACAAUUUGUGUUUUCCGAAAUAAACACAAUUCGCCAUUUCAAACCUAA